UAUCACAGGGAGGGUGGAGCAUGCUUCUCAUUCCUUCAGUCACCUGUGAGUCCUGUUAUCAGAUCGUGGACAACAUGCAGCAGACGACAUACGGCACAAAUGUUUUUAAAGGCCCCUUUGAAGUGGGGCUGGUGAACUUUGAGACCAGUGAAAACCACGUUUCCCAUGAGACCCAGGGGUUAAGCAAAAACCACCUGGUGGUGCGACGAGGACAACCGUUCAAAGUCACUUUGCUGUUCAAGGGCCGGGUGUGGGACCCCUACCAUGAGAGGCUGGUUCUGGAGGUUCGAUUGGGGAGUCUGUCAUGUAGGUUCCCAAUUAGCUUUUUUGAGGGGCCGCAUCCCCAGCUGGACUGGUCAGCUGUGAUUUACCCUGGAGACAGGCACAGUCACUCGGCCUCCGUCCACAUCUGUUCCCCUGUUCUGUCCUCGGUGGGUCUGUAUCAGCUCCUGGUCCACACAGAGAACGCGCAUCGCAGAACGACUUAUAUGGUGGGAACUUUUGUGCUGCUCUGCAACCCUUGGCUAAAAGACGAUCCGGUGUUCAUGCCGCUGGAUGUUCACUUACAGGAGUACAUCAAGAGCGACUAUGGACUGGUCUACAUGGGCACUCCUACAAAUGUUCACGAGCGGCUCUGGUUAUUUGGUCAGUACGAACCUGGAGUUCUGGAGGCAUGUCUGAAGCUUCUGCAAGUCAGCAACCAGCAUUUAGAAAACAGCCACAAAGAUUAUAUUUUAAGAGCGGACCCUGUCUACCUCUCCAGGGUGGUCUGUGCUAUGGUGAACAGCAACGAUGAUCUUGGAGUUGUGCUUGGGAGAUGGGAGGACGACUACAGAGACGGAGUGAAACCGACAGACUGGAGCAGCAGUGCCGAUAUCCUUCGCCAGUGGCUGUCGUCCGGCUGCAAGCCUGUGCGCUAUGGACAGUGUUGGGUCUUUGCAUCGGUCCUCUGCACAGUUCUGAGAGCUCUGGGGAUUCCCUCCAGGGUGGUGACUGUUUUCAACGCAGCUCACGACACUGACGGCAACACAACAGUCGAUGAGUAUUACACGUCCAGCGGUGAGAAGCUCAGCCUGACGAAGGACAGCAUCUGGAACUUCCAUGUGUGGGUGGAGUGCUGGAUGAGGAGAUUCGACCUCAGUGCAGAGUUCGAUGGCUGGCAGGUGGUGGAUCCAACACCCCAGGAGAAGAGUGGAGGGGUGUUCUGCUGUGGCCCUUGUCCAGUAGCUGCCAUUCAGCGCUGCAUUAAUGUGCCGUUUGACACCCGAUUCCUCUACGCUGCUGUCGAUGCUGAUGUGCAUCGUGUGAUUUUACGUAACGGACAAGUGGUGGGGGAAACAUUGAGCAGCCAGUGUGUGGGACAGCUGAUCUGCACGAAAAGCAUCGGCUUGGACAGCCCGCAGGAUCUGACGAUGACCUAUAAGAGCAUUAAAAGGGCAUAUCAACACAGAACACCUCAGCACAGGCAAUUUCUGGGUGACAGACGAUCAUUUUACAAGUCCCAAUAUGGCUUACAUGUUACCAGUUCUGUGUUGUCUACUGCAUCUGCCCACACACGCUCAUCGUACUCCCUCUUUCCUGCUCAAGAUGCUGCAGGAGACUUGCCAUCCCAUUUGGAGGUGUCCGUAGUGGUAGAGGGGUCACCUUUACUGGGGGAGAACAUUAACCUGUGUGUGACAAUCACAAACCACUCUAGCAGGCAGCGGGCCCUGCUGGAGCACAUCAACGCUCAGCUGAAAGCCUACAACAGAAAUCCACACCAAAGCUUCUGGAGCACUCAGAAGGAGGUGUCCGUACGGCCACAACAAGUGUUGACGCUCCACCACACCAUUCUGUACUCUGAGUACGAGUCCAUCCUGAAACUGGACAGCCUUGUGAACGUAGGGGUGGUGUUGCAGGACAUGAGGACCAAUGAGAGAGUCCUGGAUGCACAUGAAUUCAACAUGAGUACACCUGAGAUAACCGUACAGGUUGAAGGCGGUGACAACAUCCAAGUGAAGAAAGAGAAAACAGCUCAUGUGACUUUCAUCAACCCGUUUAACAGACCUCUGUUGGGCGUUGUUUUGAGUGUGGAGGGAUCUGGCUUGCUGAAGGGGAAACAGGAGGCCAAGCUGGUUCUCCUGCAGCCAGGCGAGAAAAUAGAGAAGAAAAUGUCCAUCAUGGCCACUUCACCUGGCACUAAAGGGCUGAUGGCCACUUUGUCUCACAGCAACAACUCCUCUGUUGUUUCCAGGCAUCACUGCAGAAUUUCUGUGAUUUCUGCAUGACUGCGGAGCUCAUUUUCCCUGGAAAGACAAUGGAACAGAAAAGUAUAAAUGAGUUACAACAUUUUGAUUCAGUCUUGCCAUAUUUAGCAAACAUAUUGUAAACAAUAGUUGAAGUUGUCUUUUGAUUUUCAAUGUCAGUAGUAUACAGUAACUCUUCGUAAGAUAAAAAAUAAUAGUUUUUCAUUGGUGAAGGGUCUUUUUGAUGAUCUGAUUCAUAUGUUUUAGUGGAUGUGAUGAAUGUAUGGUAGAUUUGUCAUGAAUAGACAAAAUAAACAAGGUGUCAUGUU